UAGACUGGCGGCGAUAACAGUGUUUUGAGCGCCAGAUAAGUGAAUACCAAUAAAUAAACUAAUUUAAACAUGUUGAUUAAACGUCUUACUUAUGAGGCAUGCAAUAUCAUCUUUGGAAAAAGUAUUGGGCAAGCCAGUCGCACACUUUCCAAUGCCAGUUAUCUGCACAACCCCGGCUCCGAGUCCCUGUCUUACGCGACCAUAGGCCAGGCAGUCGAGGCCAGCGCGCAACGCUACCCUGGCCGAGUAGCCGUGCGCUCUGUGUACGAAGACCGCACCCUCACCUAUGAGCAGCUACUGGUAGAAGCAGAUGCUUUGGGCUGUGCCCUAAGAUCUCGAGGGCUGGAGAAGGGUGACCGGGUGGGCAUCUGGUCGCACAACAACGCUGCUUGGAUCGUCGCGCUGGUUGCGGCAGCGAGGGUCGGCCUUAUCUCCGUAGCUUUAAACCCCGUGUACGAGAAACCUGAAUUGACAUACUGUAUUAAAAAAACAGAGUUGAAAGCCAUCAUUAUAGGUGAUACGUUAAAGAAGGCUAACUAUUAUAAGACAAUAGAACAGUUGAUACCGGAAGUACAUCGACAAGAAGCAGGAUUCAUAAACUCCACAACAUUCCCUAGUUUGAAAACCAUCAUCACGUGUGACAAAAACGCAUUACCAGGAACAUUUACAUAUGACUCUCUGGCGGCAAACAGGCAUGAUGCAUCACGGUACGGCGCUCAAGUAGACCCAGACGACGGCGCCAUCAUCCACUUUACAUCUGGAACUACUGGUGAUCCAAAAGCAGCGUUGGACUCGCAUUUCGGAGUAGUGAAUAAUUCUUACUUUAUGGGCAAAAGGCAAAACCUACAUGAAGGUCAUGAAAUCACGUGUGUUCAGUCUCCGUUAUUCCACGCACUGGGUUCGGUCAUCACGGUGGCCUCUGCGCUCCGGCACGGCACGUCGCUGGUGCUGGCGGCACCUACGUACAACUUCGAGGCAAAUAUGAAAGCACUGCUAUCUGAGAAAUGUACCGUGCUAAAUGGCACGCCGACAAUGUUCGUGGACCUUGUGUCCCUGGCGAGGAAGAUGGGAGUGAGCACCAACCUGCGCGUGGCGCUGACCGGCGGCGCGCCGUGCAGCCCGCAGCUCAUACGAGACAUCAAGCAACACCUCAACGCCCGCACUGUCUCGAGUUUAUACGGAAUGACAGAGACUACAGCAGCUGUGUUUCAGUCGCUGCCCGAUGACAUCACUGAUUUGGUUGCCGGGACAGUCGGCUACAUACAAGACCAUGUUGAAACUAAGGUAGUCGACGAACAAGGGAAAGUGGUCCCAUUCGGCAAUUCCGGGGAGCUGAUGGUGAGGGGGUACAACACCAUGAUGGGCUACUGGGGGGAGCCGGAGAAGACCAGGCAAGCUUUAGGAGAAGAUGGAUGGCUGCACACAGGAGACAAGUUUACUCUGAGCGAAGACGGCUACGGGCGGAUAGUGGGUCGGCUGAAAGACAUCAUAGUGCGCGGUGGGGAGAACAUCGCGCCCAAGGAGAUCGAGGACCUGCUCAACACGCAUCCUUACAUCGUUGAAAGCCAAGUGGUGGGAGUUUCAGAUGAGAGGCUUGGAGAAGAGUUGUGUGCGGUAUUGCGUCUGAGAGAUGGUUCCUCUAUUACUUCGGAGGAGGUGACCCGGUACUGCUCGGGGAAACUGGCUAAAUUCAAGAUCCCUAGGAUGUUGAAAGUCACAGAAGAAUUUCCAAAAACGGCGUCGGGCAAGAUUCAAAAGUACAAGCUUCGAGAUAUGAUCGAAUCCGGGGCACUUUGACAAUACCUUCAAUUACUUCAAUUGAAAUACCU